AAUAUUAGACAUGUAACAAUUAUUAUGCUAAGUGUUUGCUGUUGAUACUUGCUAGUCUGUGUGUUACGAAUUAUUUUAUGUAUACAAAAUUAAGAGAGAUCAAAGAUGAAAGCAUUUGAAAUACAUUUCUUGUUAUUUAAUGGAUAGUGAAGUCAUUAUAUAAAAAUGAAGUCCACGUGUAAUAGUGCUGGACGACCUAACAAUAAAAAUGCUAUUAAGUUUAGUCAGCAACCAAGAUCAACUGUGUCGCUGUUGCUUCUAAAGGAACGACAAAAUAAAUUUGAUAUGAAAGAAUCAUGUAUUUCCAACACAUUGCCUGUAACAAUAAAUCCAGAAAAUGUAUCUACUGACGAAGUAAUACAAAAUCUCGAAAAACCAGGAAAAUUAUGUUUUGUAGAAUGUCAUUUAGACAUAGGUGAUAAGUUAAAACCUUUAGAGGAACCUAUCUCAAAUUUAACCAAUGUUUCCUCUGAAUUUAAUAAUAUUCUGCCAUCUCUUGAAAUAAACCACACUCAAAUAUUUGAAUUAAAUAAAAAUCUAGUUGAAGGACAGAUAAGCCAUGGAAUGAAAAGUAUUAUUGUAGGAGGCAUGAAAUUAUUUUCAUGUUCAUAUCCACAGUGUACUUAUAAUACAAACAAUUCAUCUAAUAUGUCCAAACAUAGGAGAACUCAUUCUCAAAUUAAGCUUUAUCAGUGUGAUCAAUGUACAUUUAGUACAAAAUUUUCAAAUUCUCUAAAUGUACACAAGCGACUUCAUACACAAGAAAAACCAUUUGCUUGUCAUAAUUGUGACUAUAAAUGUAAUAGCAGUUCUAAUUUAAAAAAACAUCUCAAUCAUAGACAUUCCACUCAGUAUAUUCAACCAACUUCUUCCAAUAAAAAUAUUUAAGAUUAAUAAAAAAAAAA